AUGGAUGAAGAGCGCAUGCAACAGUACUACUUGGAUAAAAUUAAACAAAAUAUAAAUCAAAUUAAGAAAUCGAAGAAUAUAAAAUUGGCACCAAUUGCCAAUGAAAGCAAUAUCAGCACAAAUAAGAAAUACAUUACAAAUAAUAUAGAUGGGCAUGAAUAUAAGUCUAAUGAUACCAAUGAAUCAUUUUUGAAAAAUAAGAUUAACAAUGUCAGGAUUGGUUUUGCUGACGAUAUAAGAAGGGAAAAAAAAUUACCACGGAAACAAAAUAUAAUUUACAAUAACCAUGAUAUUAUAAAAGACAAUUAUUACGAAAAUUAUGUCAAUAUAUAUAAGAGUGAACUUCCAAAAAAUGAAAAUGUUUAUCAUUCAUAUGCAUCAAAUAGUGAUAGACAAAAUGAUGCUAUUAAUGAAAACAAUUUAAAGAGAGAAAAUUUAAAAUAUUGUAAGGGAAAAGCUAUUUUGCUUAAUAAUAUAAAUGCUUCAAAUAAAGUUUUCAUAGAAAAAAAUGUUGACAUCCAAGGUGGGGAAAACAAUACACACUUUUCCUAUAACUCCAGCCUUAAUAACGCGAAACUGAUAAAUUAUAUAGAAAAAAACAAAAUGGAAAAUAUUGUACAUCCUGGAGAAUCAAAAGACAUGAACAAACUAAAUAUGCACGUAAUUAAUAACCAACAUGGUGGAAACAAAAAUAAUUUUAUUGGUUUUUCCAAUGAAAGGAUAAAUAGGACUAAUGGAAUUUCUUUUUCAAACUGUAUAAGUAGUAUUAAUAGUAAAUCCUUGUGUGAUAAAAAUGAAAGUUCAAAUUUUGUGAAUCCACAAAUGGUUUAUGAUUUGUGGGGGAUGAACGAAUCAUGUGGACAGCGCCAUCCCAGUGAACACGUUAUUCGUACAAAUUGUAUUAAAAAUAAUUUAGUUCAAAAAAUCAGAAAUUACACAGGAAAUAUAACCAAAUAUGUUGUUAUGAAUGUAAAUAAUUCUUGGGACAGUUCCACCUGUAAAGGUAUAUUCCGCAAAAUAUCCCCAAAGAAUAAUAUACAAAAGGAAGGAAUUAACAGAUAUAAUUCAAAAAAUAAAGAAUUUAAGAACACUAUAUGUUGUUUAGCUGGAAUUAACAGUACGAAUAACAGGAAUAUAACUGUAUCAAAUACUGGAGAAGCAUUAAAAGGUGUUAUGAACAUUCAUAAAAAUAAAAUAGAUUUCAAUUUACAAAAAAAUGGUGUUAUAGAAAAAAAAGAAAGAUCAAAAAAUUUCAUGCAAGUCGUGUAUAAGGAACCGAUGGGAAGUUCACAAAGAAGAUAUUGUCACGAACAUAGUAAAGCAAAAUAUGCGAUACCUUCACAUGACAGAGCCAUUGCAUUAAAGCAACAAAUUUCAAAUAAUUAUGGCAAUAUUAAUGAUACGAUUCUUCAUGAGACUGAACCCUUUCGAUGUGCAGAUAGAUGCCUACCAAAGAAUGGACAUCGUUCCAUCUCAAGCAAAACAAGCAGCUUCGCCACAGCACUUCAAGAUCCACACUUAUUUAAUUCUAAAAAAGUUAAAUCUCUUAGCGCAAAUACAGUUUUUAAAAAUAAUUCAUGCAGGGUUUAUGAAAAAGAAAAGGUUGUAACAUCAAAUAGUUUGUUCGAAAAGAAGGACAGUUAUAGUGCGAAUAUGUUUGUAUCAGGAGGUAAGGUGGAAAAAAAAAACACAUUAGAAAAUAAUAAAUGUUUUUUAAAUUCUUUUCAAGAAGUGAAGAAGAAUAAAAACGAUUUUAUGACUCAAAAAUGUAAUGACGGAAGGACCAACCAUGAAAUGUACAAUAAUAUAGGUCCAACAGAAUGUGUUAAUUUUCCACUUCAAGGAUUAAGCAUAUAUAAGAAAAAAAAUGAUGAUAGUCAAAAUGAACAUUACGAAAGUGAUAAAACAAGGAUAAAUAACUUAAACAUAACCAAGAAACUGCAUAAUGAAAAUGAAAUUUCGAAUGAAGAAUUAGGAAGAUAUGGUAUAAAAGAUGAAAAUCUGAACUUGGUACAAAUUGAUCGAAAAAUUCACAAAAUAAAAGAUGACAAUUGUGUAGAAAAAAUAAAUGUUAGAAAAGAUUUUUCUUUUAACGAUUUAGAAGAAAAUUGGGGCUAUAAGAAAAAGUUAAAACUGAAUGAAAUAGAUAUAUUUCCCACACAUGCUAAUAUUGUUAAUGAGAACAAAACAAAAUAUGAAAAGGGUGAAAGACAGGACAAGCAGACAAUUAAAAGUGGUGAAUAUGGAAAUGUAACAAAUCAAAGUACGUGUCUUUAUAAUGAAUCGAACGAGAAAUCCUCAGAAAAUAUGUGCAAUCAUUUGAUUAAUAAAAGAAAGAUAGGUUGUGUAGUGAAGGGGGGGAAUAAUGUUACUAUGGUAGAAGAUACAAGGAUGAAUAAGAAGGAUAUAAAGGAGGAUUCAGAAAAUGUAAUUACUGAAACUAUGAAAAACCAAGGAUUAUAUACAGACUAUGAAGAAGAAUUUUGUAGAAACAAGAGUAAAACCAUGUCUGAUGAAAAAGUGACAAGUGAGCCGGAUUCUACCUUGUUAGAAAAUUCUAAACAUGAAGAAGUGUAUGUUAAAGAAUGCCAUGAGGAAUAUAAUUCAGAGGGUAAAUUUAAGUACAUUAAAGAUGAUAACAUAAGUAUGGAAGAAAAAAAAAAAUUAGAAAAGGAAUUAGAUUUGUAUUUUAAAAAAGAGGGAUUGUUAAGAACAUUGUCUAAUUCGUUGAGUCGAGAUUCUGAAAGUAACGAAAAAGAUAUUCUUUAUUUUAGUAAAGGAAUGAAAAACAAUUUGGAUACAUAUCCUAAUAACAGAAAAUCAUCUAAUACAGAAUAUUCCCAAUUGGAGAAUUAUGAAAUGUCUUCCAGUAGUGUAGACAUAUUUGACGAUAAGAAGAUAAAAGAAGUUUUUGAUGAGGUGUCUAUAAAUAGAAGCAGAAAAAGUAGUUUUUGCAUAGGUAGGGAUCAAUAUGAUGGUAUAAAAAAUGAAAAUAUGGAUCUAAGAAGAGCCUUCCUGGAAGGAUACGUAAAUGAUUUUGCUAGUGCACACAGUGGAAGCGACUCAAACAUUAUUUGUGCAAGUGGUACAGAUGGAUUUAGUAUGAACAACAAUGAUAUUCCUAUUGAAAAAAGGAAAAAAAGAGGGGAAAAGAACCCCAGUAGUUUAGAGAACCUUUUAUGUAAAAAUAAAAAUUUAUUAUUUAUGGAUAUGUUAAAAAUCAUGAAGGAGAAAGGAAUGAAAAGAAGAGAGAAUGAUUUGAAGGAUAAUUUAGAAAACAAAUUAAAUUUUAUAAUGCUUCCUAGUUCGGAAAAGGAGAGAAAUUUAAUAGAUAAAAUUAUUUAUUGUUUAGAUCCAUCUUAUGUGAACAAUACGAUUGAUGAAAAUGAUAAAUGGAGACAAAAGCUGAAAUAUAUGCAAGAGAAAUUUUUUGAAUGUAUAUUAUGCGUAUCUUACCCCACACACUUAUGGAAUGAUCAAAUAUUUGAUAUUUAUUUGAAAUCUUUAAAUUUAAAUUCCUUGUUUGAUGAUACUUUUAUAAAAUAUGAAAAUGAUCUACAUAUAAAUUUAUUUCAUCCUGAAGAGAAAAUUUUUUCAGAUGGAGGAAACAUUGGAGAGGGAGGAUUUGGAGUUGUUACAAAAAUGAGAUUUUUAAACUAUCCUCAAUAUUAUGCUAUAAAAAAAAUAUCAAAAGAUCAUAUAUUAAAAUCGCAAGCAUCUGGGCAAGCUUAUUUAGAAGCAAAAUAUCAUUCUGUUUUAAGUCAUGUAAAUAUAAUUAAAAUGUAUGGAUGUAUGCAAGAUGAUGAUUUUAUUUAUCAUGUAUUGGAAUUUUGUUCUAAAGGGAGUAUUUAUUCUAUAUCAAAAAAUUAUAGAAAAAGAAUAAUUCCUGAUGAAUUAGCAUAUAAAUAUUUCUGUCAUGUAGUUAAUGGAUUAUAUUAUUUAAAUCAAAUGGGGAUAUUUCAUCGGGACAUCAAAAUGGAAAAUGUUUUGGUAGAUCACAAAGACAAUGCAAAAUUAUCAGACUUUGGUUUAUCUGCAAUGAUUUUAGGAACGAAAAGUCAUUCAUCCUUAUGUGGAACUCUGGUAUAUUUCUCUCCAGAAAUAGCUAGUGGAUCUGGAUAUGACUGGAGAUCAGACAUUUGGUCUUUAGGCGUUUUAUUAUAUGAAAUGUUAGUUGGAGAUGUUCCUUUUGAUGGUACAAAAACACAAAUUAUGGAAUCUAUAUUUUCAUGUAAUUUGAAAUUUCCGGAUUUUGUGAAUCCAUUAGCAAUAAAUUUGAUAAAGAAAGCAUUAGUGGUAGAUGUAAAUAAGCGGAUAAAAUUAUGUGAUAUAUCAUCGGAUCCAUGGAUGCAAGAAAUGUGGAAAUUGAUGUUUCAAAAAGGGUUAGAUAGAAAUGUAGAUUCCUGUUACAGUAAGGACCAAAGCAAGGAUUUUAAUUUUAUAGAUUCUAUGAUAAAGACUCAGUGUUUUUUAAAAAGUAGCCUAAAUGCGUCAAUGAAUUAUAAUAUGAGAGGGGAGGGAAAUAAAUUGGAUAAACAAGACAAAAGAAAAGAAACGGAAAAAGACGAUGCAUUGGUUUUAGAAACGCAGAAAAAAUUAGCAGAAUAUUUAAAUGUUGAGAAUUUUUAUUUGAACGAAGAAAAUAUGUCAAGUUAUGAUGAUCUCAGUUGUCCACAAUCUGAGGAUUCAUUUUCCGAAUUAAGUGUUUCCGCCUCUGCUACAAAGAAUGAACCAUUUGACAAGAUUGACAUUAAGGAUGAUAUGUCUUCUAUGAAUGAACAAAAGUUUGAAAUUGAUCUUGUAGAAGGAUCUUACCAAAGUGAACCAUCACCCUUGCGUGAAGAAGAAGAGGUGGGAGUAAAUUCACCAAAAUUUUAUAAAGAGGAUGACCAUGUAAGAAAUCAUCAAAUGGGAUAUGAAUCCGGCAUCUUAACAGGAAAGUGUGGUCAGAAUCGAUUAGAAUACUCUGAUAGUUCUAUAAGCAAUGAGACAUCAAGUGCCUAUUUUGAUGCUGAAAAUGUGUUAGAGAAUACGAACGAUACUGUUGCGGAAAUUAAUUCAGAAAAGACAUAUUUUAAAACAAACAUCAGUUCUUACGGUUCCAUCAUGGGCAAUAACAAAAGUAAUAAGAAUGAAGAAAAUUUGGAGACAUACAAAUGGAAGAUAAGAGGUGAUGAGCCAAUCGAUUCAGAAGUUGAUAAAAUAGUUUUCUCAAAAGAAAAACUGUGUGAAGCAAUUAAUCAGAAUGAUGACAUCUGUGUUGUACCGCAGGAUGAUGAAGAAAACGGAGAAAUGGAAUCAGAAAGAGACUGUUCCAAAGAAGAAACUUAUAUUGAAAAAAAUUUAAAUGAAGGAAAUAACUCUGAAUCAAAGCAUAAACAGACAUUUAAAGAAAAAUAUGCAGUAAAAUCUGAAGCAAAAUCUGAAGCGAAAUAUGAAGCGAAAUAUGAAGCAAAAUAUGCGGCAAAAUCUGAAGCAAAAUAUGCAGCAAAAUCUGAAGCAAAAUCUGAAGCAAAAACACAGAGGGGGGAAGGCAAAAUCGAGGAGAAAGUAACAAAAAGGUUGUGCGACAUGGAAUCGGAAAAUAUGACCUCAAAAGGUUCUUACAAUAACGGGAAUUUGUAUAGAAGCAAUUCGACAAUACAAAUGCAAUCGUUUUCUGACAAUUUGAUAAAUGAUAAUGAAAUAUCAUCAGAAUUGGAAAACAUAAGAAGUAGCAAGGAAUAUUUUGAAAGGCUUGAGACGGCAGCAGAUAGAAAGGAAGAAAAAGGGGAGAUAUGUCAUAGAAGUGUAGAGAAAAUUUCUAAGAAACUGAAUUGUAAAGAGGAAAAUAAUCCAAUAAUGAACGAUUGCUUGAGCAUGAAAAAUAGCCAAGUUAGAAAGGUUCCUUUUAUUAAUGAGAAAAAGAAGAAAAGCGAAGUAGAAGAUAUUAACGCACCCACAUAUAGAAAUGUUAGGUCGAGUUAUAAAUCCGAGAAAACUAGCAAACUAGACCAAAUGUAUAUACCAAUUUGUGUAGUUAAAAAAAACAUAAAUGAAUCAGCAAAUGAAGAUAAGUGUACGAAAAUAAAUCUGCAAGUGAAGGAUAUCUGCGUGGCGAAUAAUAACAAGGAAUAUGUAAACGUAAAAGAAUCAAAUGCUGAUAUGGAAGAAAUUGAUGUCGAGAAGAAACAGAACACAGAUUUGUCCACAAAAACAGUGGAAUAUGAAAAGAGAUGGAAAAGUGAAAAUAUGGAGAGGAAUAACAGUGAUGAUGUUCUACAUAUUAGUGAUACUAAAGCUAAAUCUAAAAUAAGCAGCAAUAAGAAAGAAGAUGAAAAGAAGUUUCAAAUAAAAAAUAAUCCAUGUGAAGAAGUACCCAUGGGAGAGCCAGGAAAGAAAAAUUUAGUAAAACCUAAGAAUAGUUUAGAAAAGACGUUACAAAAUGUUAAGGAAAAAAGGAAGAUUUAUGAAAAGAAAAAAGAGGAAUCAUUUAUUGGAAAGAGAGUAGAAAAACUUUUAGAAAAAACAUCUAUAGGAAAAUUAUGUAAAAAAGAGCCUUUGAUUAAAGGAAGUGCUUCAUUAAAUGGAAAGAAAUACCCAACCCGUAGUAUAGAAAGAAUGAAUAAUAAAAAGCGAUGCUCUAAGGAUAACAGACAUAAUAACAUUAUCGAUUUAGAAGGUGGUAGCUUGUACGAUAAGUAUAUAGAAAAAAUAAACAAAUUGUAUCUCAGUAUAAAAAAUAAAAAAUAUAUAUAUAAUUCUGAAUAUAUGAAAAAUGUAACAAAUGAUGAAGAUACUGUGUUGAGUACAAAAGAUAAGGAAGAAGAAAAAGAACAAAAAGAUAACGAGGAUGAUAAAAUGUUAGGAAGAGGUUCUAAAAUUGACAAUGAUAAUUUUAUUGAUAUUGAGCACAAAUUUAAUCGAAUGAAUGAAAUGAAAAAAAAUACGACUUUUCAUCUGAAUGAGUACGCGGGGACAAAAAUGGAUGAUAGAAUGGUUAUGACAAAGUCUUCUCAUUUAAGCAGUUCUUCUAACGAAUCUUGGAAUAACAAAUUGACAACAAACAAGAAAACAUUGAACAGCAGAAAUAUAUUCAAUGUAGGAAAAACUGAUUAUGCAAAUUUGUAUGAUGAAAAUAUGCUAGAUGAAAAAUCGUUGGAUGAUAAAUUGGCUAACAUAGAAAAGGAUGUGUUAAGUGAAGAGAAAAUUUCCCUUUCUUCACAUAAGGAAAAGGAGGGGAAAUCAUUUGUGGAAUUGAAGAAAGAAAUCAUAAAGGACAAUGUAUCGAAUGUCAAAACGAGGUUUACACCUGAUUUUGUAACGCCUGAUAAGAAAAUAUUUAAUUCCAGUGAUACAGAGUGUGAAAGUAACGAAAGUAGUGACAGCAAUAAGGAAAUUAUCCAUGAUAGUGAUAAUAGUGGUAUUGAAAGUAAUAAUGGACAUCGCAGUUUUGAUAAUCAAGGGAACGCUUUCAUGAAUAAAAAUAAGAAAUGUAUUUGGAAUUGCAACAGACAAGAUGCAUUUAGUUCGUCUAACUCAGAUUGUGAACGUGAUAGUGGCUUUUACAGGAGGUACAAAAAAAUCAGGACGAUUAAUUUGGACAACUCCAACUUGUUAAAACGAACAGGAGAAAUUUUUAAGGAUAUACAGGAUAGACAAGAUAGUUUGAUUAGUAGAUAUACAGAUGAUGAUUACUCUGAGGACAAGGAACAAGAUAAGGAAUAUACAGCUAUCACUCAAGAUGCUGAUGAGGGAAGAAGGUAUGUGUAUGAUAAUAAUAGGAAAAACCUAGGAAUGAUACAGAAAAAUAGAAAAAAUGAAGAAGUUGUUGGUAAAUCAAUUUCUUUUAAUAAUAAAGUAACCUUCAUGGCUUUGCAAAAUUAUAACGAUAAUGAAAACACUCCCAUAGUAAAUUUAUCUAGUGAGGAGUGGAAAGAAAAUCGAGAAGAUACCAAUUUUGUUGAAUCGCAAAGAAGAAGAGUACCAGAUGAAAUACCUGAUUUAGAGUUAAUAUCAAAGAUUCGAAAUAAAAAAAAUAAUAUAAACAUUUUAAGGCAAGAGAAAAAAGAAAAAUAUGCAUCUAAUUUAUGCAACAAAAGGGUUGAUAAAAUAUCCAACGAGGGAAAUUUGAGCAAAAGGUGUAUGAACAGAAGUUUAUCAGAAAUUGGUUUUGUCUCAAAAUCAAGUGGAAAAGGACAUAUUGUGGAACAAAAUGAUUUUUUAAAAAAAAACACAUUCAAAGUGGAUAAUAUGAGAGAAGUAUCACAUAACAGUAAAAGUACCAUAAGAAGGGUUAGUAGUAACCAGUUUAAAUGCAAGAGUGGAUCGACUUUUAUAAGCAAGAGAAGUAACUCCUUAAAAAAUAACUCCGCUAUAAAGCGAUAUUCACUUGAAAAGGAAAUUAUUCAUCAUGCGAGCAGGAGUAAUGUCCAUACGGAAAUAUCUAAAAGGUGCUUAGAAAGGAGUAGCAGUAGUAAGGAACGUAUGCUGCAUAAAUUAGACACUUCCAAUAGGGUUUCUUCAAAUAGUGCUGCUUCAAAUAGGGGUACUCCAAGCAGGGCUGCUUCAAAUAGUGCUGCUUCAAAUAAUGGGAAAGAUAAGGAAACGAAAAAAUUGAUCUCAGUUGAUGGUCAAGAGGGAAUAAUACAUCACAUGGAAAAAAUGAAGAAACAAAAAUUGCUUAAUUUGCAAAAAGAUAGAAAUAAAAAAGAACUAAAUGUAAUUUCAAAUAAGAGGAUGAUGAAUACUAGUCGUUUUUUAUUAAAUAAUCUCAAGGAAGGAGAAGAAUCUUCUGUAGAAAAGAGGGGAAAAGCAUAUAAUGGCGUGAAAACUGAAAAAAAAAAAAACGGAAUUGAUCGAUUGAGAAAUAUGAACAAAUCCUGUGUGAAUGAAAGAGUUAAUAGGAGCGUUGAAAGAUUAUGUAGCUCAUAUUUAAGCAAAAAAGGGAAGUGUGACAAGAGAAAUGGUUUAGAAAGUUGUAUUACUGAAAAGAAGUUUAAAGAGAAGGUGGGAAUGACAAAUGUAUUUGAUGCGACGAAUAAAAAUGGUAGAGUCAAAGAGGACAUUAAUUCAACAAAUAAAGAUUUAUUAAAUACAUUAACCAUCUCAAUGGAAACGAUAGAUGAUCAAACAAAUCUCCCCUUGCAAGAUAAGACGAGAAACAAUGCUUACUCUUUGCAAAGUAAUAAAAAAAUGAUAAUCGGAACUAAUUUAAAAAACUCAAAGGUAAAACUAUACCUUAAAAAUAAAAUAGAAAAGGUAAAAAAAGAAAAUGAAUACACAUCAUUAAUUGCAGCAUAUAAUGAUGAGAACCAUGAACAACUGGCUAUAUCUAAUUCUACUAGAAAGGAGCAUGAUUCCAUCGUGGGGACUAAAAAUGAGCAAAUUAAUGAAAGAAAAAAAAAAAAAAUUUCAGGAAUUAGAAAUGAAGCAAGAAGAUCAAUAAGUGAAAUCCCAUUCAGCUCUUUUGUUAAUCAUUCUUUCGAGCAUGAUCAAGGUAAGGAAUUAAUACUGCAUAAAAGUGCCCUUAAGGAUUGUCAUAUAACAAAUGGUGAAAAGGACAAAAGUUAUAGACUUAGUAAAAAUUGUCAAAAUAACCAAUCAAGUGGUUUAUUUAGAUGUAGAAGCGAAACUUUACGAAAUUACAACUCCAGGAACAUUGCUGAUAGUCAUUUAUUGCACUCUGAUAGGAUAAUUAAAAAAUCAUUCGAUGAUAAAGCGAAAACGGAGUCGCAAACAGAGGAAAAUGCAAAGGAAAGAACAUCGAAAAGUGGUAUCAUGAAAUGCAACACACAUGUGAGAAAAAGUAGCAACAUUGACAAAACUAAUGAUGGUAGCAAGAAAAAUAAAAUUAACAAAAAUAUUUAUUCACACAGAAAUAUGAACUUCUCGAAUGUUAAGAGCAAGAUAAACACAAAUAUUUGUAAGAAACCCUCAAAUGGUACAGAAUAUGUUUCAAGUUAUGAGAAAACAUGUGGAAAUGUGGAGUCUACUAAAAAUGACAAAAGAGUAAAAAAUGAAAAGUGGUGUAAAAAAUCAAACCCUACUUUAGAAAAAGAGAGAAAAAACAAGUAUAUUAGCUCUUCUCCACUAGCAUGUGAGAGAAUAAAGAAGAAGAGUAGUUUGACUAGCUCUUUCGAUUUGGACCAAAAAUAUAUGCGUACAAGCAAGAGACACAAUUCUGUGCAGGUAGAUGUAAGUUGUUCUAACUCUAGACACAUUAGUAAUAUGAAAGAAAACAACAUCCUUCAGAAAGACCAAUGUAAACCUAUUAAAAGAUCAGAAAGUACAUUAUUUAACACAAAUUAUGAAGAAGAAUUACAAAAUAAGUUGAUAAUUUUAAAUAAGAAAAGUCUUUAUGUAGAUGAUAUUCAUCAAACGAAGGAUUAUGAGAAGGAUACAGUAAGGAAAUGUAUCAGGAAGUGUUCUAACAACCUCUCUAACAUGUCUUGUAGGAAUAGUAAAAAACAUGACAAAGGAGGAUCCGGAUUCAAUGAAGAAUACACGAACUAUGUGGAUAUCACGAACAGGAUUGUCCCUUUCAAUAAUACAAGAAAUAACAAAGGAAAAAAGUGCAAUAUAGGUGCUUUUAUGAACAUAUGUAAGAAUGAUUCAAAUUAUGUUAAUGAAAAAGAUACCAUAGAAGAGGAGCGUAAGAAGCGGGGUGGUUUACUACAACACUUUGAAUUAGCCAAAAAUGGUGAGAAAAUUGUAAAAGAACCCAUGAACAAGUAUUGUAUGAUGAUGGAGAAAAAAGUGAAAAGAAUGAAUGGCAAAUGUUCAGAAUCAUUUGAUGAUGAUAUUGAUGUUAUUGAGGAUCACAUUAUGAAUAACACCUCUUUCAAUAAAUUAGGUUCUGCUAUCUUUAGUUCAGACAAGGAAGAAACGAUGUAUAACAAAACUGAUAUUCCAAAUAUGAUGCAUAUGACAAGGGGUGAUGAUAAGAUUAACUUAAAGGAUAGAUACCUUCCAAUAGGAUGUGUACCCCAAGUCAGAAAUAUAUCAAGAUUUGGAAGAAUAGCAAAAACAUGCGGUUUAAACUCAAAUAGUAGCGUAAACCAAGCAAAGGAUUCUUUUAAACGAAAUAUUACAUGUGGAAAUUGGGCAGUUAUGCAAUGUAUAAAAUCAGGAGUAACAAAUGCAAAAUUUAUAAAUACAACAAAAGCUAAUGGAUCUAUGACUUAUGAGAAAAACAGAAACGAGAUGCCUAAUGUGACCAAAGGUAAAGCACAUAUAAAUGUUUAUGUAUGUGGCCAGAAAAGCAGCAAUAGUAAGAACCUUGAGAAGAAGAGCCAGAGUAUGUGCCUACAGGGAAUUCAGAAAAGUGCACAAGUGAGUUCCAGUUGUAGUGUCAGCCCCAGUAGUGGAGUAAAUUCAACAAACUUUGCUCUAUGCCUCCCACGUACUCUUAGUUCUGGACUAAAAAAAGAAAUACAAAAGAAGAACAAAUGGAAUUAUACUUCUGCAUGCACCAUCUCGAAUCGAAAUGAAAGUAAUCUGCAAGGAGCAAAUUGUACACAAGAGGGAAAAGUAGGAAAAAAUAAUAAUAAGGAAGGUGAAGAGGAGAGGGGAAAGAAGGCUAAAAAACUCAUAAUCAUGAAUAAGAACAUGUUAUUAAGAGAUAAUAAUAUAAAGAAGAGAAGUACAUCUAACUGUAAUUCUCCAGAAUUGAGAACAAACACGUAUAAUACAAAUGAUGAAAAAAAAUUAAUUUCAAAAAUAAGUCCUAGUAGUAUAGAAAAAAAUUAUAACUAUUUCAAUGAAACAAUAGUAGAUGAUGACAAGUUAAGAAUACCACAUAAUGAAUACUAUGAGAAAAGUAUGCUUUUUAGUAAAUCCAAUGUGGACAUAUCAGAUAAUGAACGGAUGUUUGUCAAAGGUGCAUCUAAUUGUGUUCAUAUGGAUGCAAUAAAAAGAAAGAAUAAUAUAUACUUAUUACCUAACACAGAAAAUUUUUGUGAUAAUCAUCAGACCGGUUGCUUCUUAUACAACAAUUUUUUGGAAAAAAAGGAAUUAAAAAGUGGAAAUAAUGGUAGUCCUUCUAAUUAUAGAAAUGUUAAUUCAAGUAGUGAAAUUAAAAAUAAGCCAUUGCAUAUACAUCAACAAAGAAAAGGAAAAAGUAAGUCCACGAAAAUGAUGCUACGUAAAAAUAGUCCUGACAAGACAUUGUUCCAAUGUAAUAAUAAUGGAAUAAAUGUAGUUAUUAAAAAAGCUAAAAAGGUAGAUGCCAUGGAUUAUAGUAAUAUGGAUCUCAAUGAAAUACAGAUGACUGUUAAUGAACAUAGGAGGAACUUGCUGCAGUCUGCUUCUGCUCCGGUCAAACGGAACAGUACCGUGAAAAUGCACUUAGACGUGAAGACAAAUUAA